AUGGCUAUUGCCAUAGUCUAUAUGACAUUAGACUUUGGUUAUACAUCAACAGUUCAAGGUGUUAUAUUGUCUUCAUUUUUCUUUGGUUAUCUAACAACUCAAGUUUUAGGUGGUGCACUUUCCGAUAAAUAUGGUGGAAAAUCGGUAUUAGGUGUUUCUGCUAUAUUAUGGACAUUAUUUACUUUUCUUACACCAAUUUCUGCAAAGAUUGGUUUAGAAUAUCUUUUAUUAUGCCGAAUACUGUUGGGUGUUGGUGAAGGUGUAUGUUUUCCAUCUGUAAAUUCCUUGAUUGCUGCAUGGUUUCCAAUAGAAGAAAGUAGUAAAGCAGUUUCAGCUAUUGUAUCCUCGGCUUAUAUAGGAAUUGUGAUUGCCUUACCGAUAGCAACUUGGUUAGGGUCUGGUCCUUUUGGCUGGCCUAGCAUUUUUUGGACGUUUGGAUUUAUUGGAAUUUUUUGGUCUAUAUUAUGGCAAAUUUAUGGCAAAAGCAAUCCAAAUGAAUAUUCAGGAAUAAGUCAAAAAGAGUUAGAUAUAAUUUUAAAAGACAAACAAAAGAAUAAGUCUAGUGAAAAUUUGAGUUAUAGAAUAGAAACUGGUGAAAUGAUUAAUGAAUCAACAAUGAAUGAGAAUGAUAAUGUAACUCUUGAUACUUCAUUAAAUAAUUUUGUAAACGAAGAUAAUAAUGAAUUUGGAUCUGAAGUUGAUGCACUAUUGCCAAAGAAAUUUGUAUUGUCAAAUUCAAAAAAUGUUCCAUGGAAAUUCAUUCUUUCUCGUCGUGAAGUGUGGGCUAUACUCAUUGCACAAUUUUGCAACUCGUUUGUACUUCCUUAUGCCACACAAGGAACCGUUGGCAUUAUCGCUGGUAUUAUUUGUGACUAUUCAAUUAAUAAAUUGAAUAUUAGUGUACUAACUGUACGAAGAGGAGCUCAAAUAAUUGGUGCAGCUGGGACAUCGAUAUUUCUUUUGUGUGCAGCAUAUUUAGCACAAACACCUAUGCAAGGAAUAGUCUUAAUAUCAAUUGGCACAGCAUUAAACUCAUUUUUUACUUGUAGCGUACACGUGUCUCAGUUGGAUAUAGCUCCCAAAUACGCUGGCGCAAUUUAUGGAUUGGGACAUACUUCUGCCGGAAUUGCAGCUGUAUUAGGUGUGACAUUCACUGGAUGGAUAUUAGAUAUUUUGAAUAGAAAUUGGAAUAUUGUUUGGAUUUUAGUUACUACUUUUUAUUCUAUCGGUUCAAUAUUUUUUGUUAGCUGGGUUGGUCAUAAAGUUAUAAUUGAUUGA